AGAAAAGUCGCUGGAAUUCUAUCUCGAUCCCAAGCCUGCGGCCUACCAUCGCUCUGACAGCUUAUCUGCCUUACCCCCAUUGCCCGACCACAGUGGAUGAGCCAACACAGCCACCACCUCUGCGAAAUCUUAUAGCACCAUUCGAUCACCCCUGAAGUACCAGCACAGCUUCACAGACCUCACUCCGUCGCCUGCAAUUGUCGUUGCUUGUGCUGUGAUCGCAGAUUCUCGCUUACGUUGAAGCAAAAUGGCGUCCAUAGCAGCUGCCGUCUCUGUGCCCACCUUCACUGGCCUCAAGGCUGAGACCAGGGCCGCCCCGGCCAAGGUUUCCACCAACACCGUGGUGCGCAUGGCGCCCGUCAGGGCUUCGGUCAGGAGCGAUGCCAUGGAGACUGUUGGCAAGGCUCUCCUCGCCGCAUCCAGCUCGCUGUUGCUGGUGGCGUCCGCAAACGCUGUCACUGUGAAGAUGGGAGCAGACGAUGGUGGCCUUGGUUUCUACCCCAGCAACGUGACCGUGGCUGCUGGAGAGGCCGUUACCUUCGUCAACAACAAGGCAUUCCCCCACAACGUCGUGUUCGACGAGGAUGCCGUUCCCGCGGGUGUCAAGGUUGAGGAACUCAACCAUGAGGAUUACUUGAACGCACCUAAUGAGCAGUUCGACAUCGUGUUCAAGACUGCCGGCACUUACGAGUACUACUGCGAGCCCCACCAGGGUGCUGGCAUGAAGGGUUCCAUCACCGUUUCAUAGAGAUGUUCUCAGUCGUCGUCGACUACCACGGCAUUUUUGGCUAUGGCAUCGAAUUGCGGAUGGCGUAGUUCUGAUAUUGUGGGUUAUUACUGGGAGUAGUUAAUCACCCUGCGGUUGGCUUGUAAUGAGGGCGACCUGAUUCUUACUCGAUGUAGACAGGGUGUGUUUAUGGCGUUAUUUCUUUUUAUUACCUUGUUCUAAUCAAUUUGAACAAGGUGUUACAUUAGAGAACUGAUUCUCUGCGUCAAUCUGUAGUCAUCUUGUUGAAUUGCUCGUCCUUCAAUGUCAGGAAUUAAGGGUUGUGUGAUUGCAUUCGCAAACCGUGUUCAUCUGGA